AAAUCGAAGAAACCCAAAGACCCGAUGCAAUAAAAUUGAUUGAUAAUGAAAAUUUGGAUCAAAAAAUAAAUAAUUCAAAAUUAUCAACAAAUUUAAUUAAUGAUCUGCAAAAAUUAAGAAUAUCAAGAUUGGAUAAAUUACAUUUUGAACAAAAGAGUUAUUAUAAUGAAUUAAAAGAUAAAACAGAAGUUAUUACAACUUUGAAUAAUUUAUUCGAUACUAUCAAUAAUAAUAAAGUUUUAACGGACAUGCAAAAAUCAGUUUUAUUAAAAAGUAUAAAUGAUAAAAUUUUUAAAAUUAAUCAAAAACAAGAAUAUGAUUUGAUCAAAAAUGGAAUAAUUAAAGAAAAAGAUUCACAAUAUAAAUCAGACAUUAAAAACAAAGCAUUUAUUUCAAAUUUACUUGAUGAAAAAUUAUUUGAUAUUUUGAUAACAAAUGAUUCUUUGUUAACAACAGAGCAAAAAAAUCAACUUCACGUAUUGAGAAAACAAAGAAUUCAAAUUUUAACAGAUAAAAUAUUUGAUGAGCUUAAAAAUAAUAUAAAAAAUAAAAAAGUUUCAAGUAAACUAGAAGAUAAAGGAUACUAUAAUAGUAGAAUUGGAGAGAUUCAUAAAGAAUUUUUAACAAACAAUCGAAAAUUAAAAGAUUUAUAUAUUCAUAGAAGAUGGAAAUUAGAUAUGAUUCAAG